AGUUAAGCAGCAAAUUAAGAGGAGGAACAGUCUAUAAAGAGCUCCAGAGUUGACCUCAGCAGCAUCUUGCUCUCUGAGUUGUUCAGGUGUGGUUUGGUAGGAGCGUCACUGGCCUACAACUGUGGCCAAAGCCAUGGGGUUUUUCUUAAGAUGGUUGCUGUUGUCCUUUAUUGCUGUAGGAAGACAUCCAGCCCACAGCUUUGGAUCUUUUGAGACUUAUUGGCAUAAUGAAGUGCCAGCAGUGGUUUAUCAACCACUGUCGCUCAGCUUUAACACCGGGGAGGACUCUUCAGGGAGCCCUGGGCCACUCGGUGAUGAUUCAAGCUCAAAUGCAAACCAGGUAGUGGGAUCUUACCAGCCCCAGCAGCCCGUCUACCAGCCCCAGGUACCCAAGCAGCCCCAACAACCCCAGCAGCCAGUCUACCAGCCCCAGGUACCCAAGCAGCCCAACAACCCCAGCAGCCUGUCUACCAACCACAGGCGCCCCAGGUACCCAAGCAACCCCAGCAGCCCGUCUACCAACCACAGGCGCCCCAGGUACCCAAGCAACCCCAGCAGCCCGUCUACCAACCACAGGCGCCCCAGGUACCCAAGCAACCCCAACAACCCCAGCAGCCAGUCUACCGCCCAGCAACCCCAGCAGCCCGUCUACCAACCACAGGCGCCCCAGGUACCCAAGCAACCGCAGCAGCCCGUCUACCAACCACAGGCGCCCCAGGUACCCAAGCAACCGCAGCAGCCCGUCUACCAACCACAGGCGCCCCAGGUACCCAAGCAACCCCAGCAGCCCGUCUACCAACCACAGGCGCCCCAGGUACCCAAGCAACCCCAACAACCCCAGCAGCCGGUCUACCGGCCCCAGCAACCACAGGCGCCCCAGGUACCCAAGCAACCCCAGCAGCCCGUCUACCAACCACAGGCGCCCCAGGUACCCAAGCAGCCCCAACAACCCCAGCAGCCGGUCUACCGGCCCCAGCAACCACAGGUACCCAAGCAGCCCCAGCAGCCUGUCUACCAGCCCCAGGUACCAAAGCAACCCCAGCAGCCGGUCUACCGGCCCCAGCAACCACAGGCGCCCCAGGUACCAAAGCAACCCCUCUACUGGCGCCAGCAGCCACAGGCACCCAAAGUACCCAAGCCAUCUCAGGUGCCCAAGUUCCCUCAGGAACCCAAGCAGCCUGGCUACCCACCCAAGCGGCCCCAGAUGCCAAGAUACAGGCCUCAGCAGUCACAAGCACCCCUACAACCCCAGGCUCCCACUCAGCCUGGCUACCAGCCUGAGCGGAGCCAGCUGCCUUUCCACCAGCUCAAACGGCCUGGCUUCAUGUUCAAGAGGCCCCAGAUGUCGCGCUACCUGCCCAAGCAGCCUCAAGCAUCCAAACGGCACUUUAACCAGCAGCCACAGAGAUAAUAGGUACCUAAAUGUAUUAGUCUGGUACAACAUCACUGGAGUUGAAGUUGAGGAUCAGUGGCCAUGGCACCACGACACUGAAGCUGUUUCACUGAUGGUCUUCUGCUGAGCUGCUGUAUUGACUUGUCAAAUUAAAACCUUGUCAUGCCUGA